CGAUAACAACAAUGUGCUCACCUACCUCCACACUACUUACCACUUACAACCUACUCUUUCAUAUUCAAAUAUAAUCAUGUACUACUUCUCUCAAACCUCUUAAUCUCAUUCCCUUCUUUCUCUCGCCGGCAAUUCUCAAUGGCUUUCACCCGACUUUUUGCCGGAAUCUUCCUCCUUCUAGCUCUCUACUGUGCCACAGACCCUUUUAAGCACAGCGCCAUCUCCGACUUCCCAGACUUUGAAGCUCACAUGAUCCAUCUCUCGCCUUGGUCCGACGUUCCAACCGUGAGAGACCACCAGAAUUUGCUCCAAAGGUCGGAGAUUAAGUUUUUUAACCUGGUCCAGGGCCCUGAGAGCGUCACCUUUGAUUCUCUCGGCCGUGGACCUUACACUGGGGUCGCCGAUGGCAGAAUUCUGUUCUGGAAUGGCCACUCUUGGACUGAUUUCGCCUAUACAUCGCCCAAUAGAUCAGAAAUAUGUGAUCCCAAACCAUCACCUUUGAGUUACAUUGCAAAUGAACACAUCUGUGGCCGGCCUCUUGGGCUUCGGUUUGACAAGAAAACAGGAGAUUUAUACAUUGCAGAUGCAUAUCUUGGGCUACUCAAGGUGGGACCUGAAGGUGGACUCGCAACACCACUUGCAACCGAGGCAGAAGGAGUGCCAUUAGGUUUUACUAAUGAUCUAGACAUUGAUGAAGAAGGGAAUGUCUAUUUUACAGAUAGCAGCAACAAGUACCAGAGGAGGAACUUCUUGCAGUUGGUUUUCUCUGGAGAAGAUUCUGGAAGGGUUCUAAAGUACAAUCCAGAAACAAAGAAAACUACUGUACUUGUGCGGAAUAUCCAAUUUCCAAAUGGUUUGACCUUAAGCAAGGAUGGAUCUUUCUUUAUCUUUGUUGAGGGGUCGUUGGGCAGGUUAAGUAGAUAUUGGUUGAAAGGAGACAAGGCAGGAACCACAGAUGUAUUUGCCAUCCUCCCCGGAUUUCCAGAUAAUAUCAGGACCAACGAAAAGGGUGAAUUUUGGGUGGCAAUCCACUGUCGCAGGACAAUCUAUGCUCACCUAUUUGCUUUGUACCCAAAGGUAAGGAUGGUCCUGCUUAAGUUCCCAAUUUCUGCUAAAAUGCAAUUCAUGUUUCACAUUGGAGGCUGGCCUCAUGGAAUAGUCGCCAAGUAUAGCCCAGAAGGCAAGCUCUUACAGAUAUUAGAAGACAGUCAGGGAAAGGUUGUCAAAGCUGUGAGUGAAGUUGAGGAAAAGGAUGGGAAAUUAUGGAUGGGAAGUGUUCUGAUGCCUUUCAUGGCAGUUUACAACUUAACUUGAAUCUAUUCCUUACUUUUUUUUAAAAAAAGGCACGGCUUAUUUUUCUUUUAUGCUAUUCUAGAGGUAGCUUCUUCUAUAGACUUCCUCUCCCUUCCUGCUGGCCAGUUGUGAAAACCAUGGCUUAUGAGUCCUUGCUCCAUUUUUUAGAAUGUCAUGUGCAAAUAUUGGGGCUCCACUGAAUCACCCACCCUUCUACUUUUACUGUCUGUUGGUCUUGUGAUUAACGAAUUUGAGUAGGACUUGAAACAUAUUUAAAAAAAAAAAUACUGGAUGUACCAGGUUGAUUU